CCGCCUUGUAAUCAUAAACUCGGCGUCGCCCUUACAAGCCAUCCUCCAACAACACCUGCGCCAAAUCUACCACCAUGGACGCGAUACCAGUUGUCGUCAAACAUCAGGGCAAACGCCACAAUGUCGAGCUCGAUUCCAGCUCGACGGGCGAGAUUUUCAAGUACCAGUUAUUCUCAUUAACUGGCGUCGAACCCGAGCGACAAAAGAUACUCGUGAAGGGUGGACAGCUCAAAGAUGAGACCGAUAUGUCGACGCUAGGUAUCAAGCCCGGACAUAUGUUCAUGAUGAUGGGUACACCAUCCGGGGAUGCAUCGAGCAAGCUGGAGAGGCCGAAGGAGAAGAUACGGUUCUUGGAGGACAUGACCGAGGCCGAAGCCGCCCAGCUGGACUCCGCUAUACCCUCAGGGCUGCAGAAUCUGGGCAAUACUUGUUAUAUGAACUCUACGCUACAAACCCUGAGAUCUAUACCAGAGCUGCAGGAGGAGCUCCUUCGUUAUACGCCUGCUCCAUCAACAGCCGGUAGUUCCAGUCAGCUAAGCCAGCUUGGAUUGAGUGGGCUUGGUUCCUCUAUGGACCUCACUGCAUCUCUCCGUGACCUGUUUAAGCAGAUGGCGGAGACUCAAGAAGGCUUCCCCCCUCUCAUGUUCCUCAACGCCCUGCGCACCGCCUUCCCCCAAUUCGCGCAGCGCUCAAAAGAUGGACAAGGAUAUGCUCAGCAGGACGCAGAGGAAGCCUGGUCGCAGAUCAUAUCUCAGCUUAAACAAAAACUUAAGAUCAAAGAUACCGAGGCCUCUGGCGAAGCAUCAUCCGCUGGGACCAAGAAAGACCUAUCAUUCAUCGACAAAUUCUUGGCUGGCAAAUUUGAGACUGUAAUGGAGUGCGACGAGCCGGCUGCGAAGGAAAUGGGGGAAGAGCCAGUGAAGGGCGAAGACGAGUUCUUCAAGCUCAAUUGCCACAUCAACGCUGAGACCAACCAUCUUCGGGAUGGACUCGCGGCUGGCUUGAAGGAGCAGAUCGAGAAGCGUUCCGAAGUACUCGGUCGGGAUGCUCUGUACACCAAGUCCUCACGUAUCUCGAGGCUACCCAAAUAUCUGCCCGUUCAUUUCAUGCGGUUCGACUGGCGACGAACAACGAAUAAGAAAGCAAAGAUCAUGCGAAAGGUCACGUUUCCUCAAGAGCUGGAUGUUGUGGAAUUUUGCACCGAGGAUCUCAAAAAGAUGUUGAUUCCUGUUAGGGACAAGAUUCGGGACGUUAGGAAGGCGGAAGAGGAUGUGAUCAGGGCGGCUAAGCGGCAGAAGCGCAUGCGCGAAGGCCAGGAAAACGAUGUCGACAAGGACGGCAAGGCUACGUCAAAGGAGCCGAUGCAGAAGAAGGCUGAGCAGAAGGCUAAAGCCGAUGCCGCUGCCUCUGGCGACGUUGAGAUGCCUGACGUCGAAUACAAAACCGAGGCGCAAAUCGAAGCUGAGCGCGCGACCGCUAUCCUUGAGGCAAAGAAAGAGCUUCUGGCGCUAGUCGAUCCAAAGCUCGCCGCCGACGAUGGCGCCAAUCAGACUGGUCUGUACGAGCUUCGCGGCGUGAUCACUCAUCAAGGCGCUAGCGCGGAUAGCGGUCACUACACAUCAUUUGUGAAGAAGCAAGGCCCGAAGGAUCCUGUCACAGGAAAGCGAAAGGAGGAGGAUGGAAAGUGGUGGUGGUUCAAUGAUGACAAGGUGUCAGAAGUUGACUCUGACAGAAUCGAGACACUGUCUGGCGGAGGCCAGAGUCACUCCGCCCUCAUUCUUCUGUAUCGCUCUGUUCCUCUUGCCACUUUGGAUGGCGAUGAGGAAGAGGUGAGCAAGGCGUAAGUGCUACAGGAGGUCCUGCGGAGUCCCAAUGUUCAUGUCCCACAUCACUAGAGGCGUUCGAUUUGAUUAGCUAUGGCGUUCGUGUUGCAUAGCACGAGAAAGGCACGGUCAGGU